AUAGAUUCUCAAGCAAUAGACCUACCACUGCGUUGCAUGCGCUGUUAUCUCUACUCCACUGUCACUGAAUUUCACUUUUAUCCGCAUCAUUUAAAUAACGAUUGCAGAGAAAGACCUCGAUCUUGAAUUAUCUUCAUUCAACUGCGCGCAAAUCUUCGAAUCUGGGUUUAGUAUAUAGUUAGUAACGACUUGUGAAUUUAGCUAAUAAACCUCCAAUACGACAAGAAUUAUUCCAUCUUUAUGCGAACAAAACAAAGUCAAUUUAAUUCGCAACGUUUUUUACCAAGCGUAUACGAGAGCUUGACAUAUAGAAAUGGACGCGAGUGACUACAAUUGUUGUUAUGCAUGGUUUAUUGAAUUUAUAAAAACUACACAAGUAAGAAAUUUAAACACGGAUUGAAAAUGAAUAAAGGACCUCGUCGAGAUUGGAAUGAGGGGUUCUUCGUAUAAAAUGCAUAUGCAUCGAGUAAUUUAUAUGGUUAGCUAAAAUACUUGCCAUGCUCAUUUUUUUAGCCGAAUUACCUGUUUUGACAGGAAUUCGGUAGCCACCUGCAUGCCUACUUGGCUUGCGUCGUAUAUAUUGCUAGAAUAUUUAUUGUAAAAUACACUUGGGGAAAGCGUUAUUUCCGAACCAACGCUUAUCAUAAGAAAGGAAUGAUCUGUCUUUUCGGAAGUAAGCUGCUGCAGUUGGUAUGCAGCAAAUUUGUGAUAGAUGUCCUUAUGUUACUGUCUUAGACAACGAUGGCACACGUUCAAGAAUAUUGUUUACGGGUACGACGAGACCUACAAUAAUAGAAAACAACAUGCGAAGGACCCUUGGGAUAUGUUCGCGAACGAAGAAAAGAAUAGACACAUCUACUUUUCUGAGAAGGAAAACGACGUGUUUGGAGAAAAUAAGACAUGCUCAGAAAACUGGUGCAAUUAUUGCAUACCAAAACGGCAAGUGUAUGAAUCUUACGGUAUCGAGUUUGAGACGCGGGAAGAAAGGGAUGCGUUUGAAAAUAAAAUGGAAUGCAUGGAGAUGAUUCUGGAGAACGAAUUACGCGAUAUUCGGCAACAACAUAUGCGCCUCAAGGAAGAACGGACAAAAACACCUCGUGGGAAAGACAACAAGGGAGGGAAAAGUAAACUUAUGAAUAAGAAGGCACGUGUCUCCAGAACUGAUUCUGGAACCAGAUAUGAUUUCCCAAAGAAACGAGAAGCUCUGGACGACACCGAUUUUCUUAGAACAGACGAUAAUCCUUUGAUUGAAGAAGUAAGUCUGGUGAACGAGGUCCAAGAUGUGCUUGACCAGAUGUGUAACUUAAGCAGAGAACUACAAGAUAUUGAGAAGAUAUUAAGCAUUGAAGUACGUGAAAGGAUACUACAUCCAGAGCCACGGUUGAUUCAAAUCAAAGCUCCUGACGAUGAGCUCUCCGAGCAGAUGAGAAAUGAUGGUGGAUUUAGGUACUGUAGUUCUGAUAGUAGUUUGCAAAGAAUCUCAUACGAUACUUUGCCUCCUCCGUUAGCAUUAAAUGAGCUUUUAGCAAGGCAACCACAAUAUGAUACGUGAUAAUGUGAAUUUCGAUAGAAGAAAUUUUAGGUGCAAUUUCAUUUUAAAGGCUGAAUAAAAUUUAAUCGUUCAAGGUCUUUUCACAAGAUCCAUUUUUGUUGGAUCCAAUUCACUUGUGCACGUAUGUGGCCUGUAUUUUGAAUAAAGAAAGUGUUGCAUUUGCUUUAAUUUGCAUUUGCUACUUAUACACUGCAUUAUAUAUUUAUACACUGCAUUGUAUACUUAUACACUGCACAAGUUGAAGUCCAAAUACAAUAAAGACGAUAAGUGCACACGACCUUUAUUAAAUAUA